AUGGGAAAUAAUGGAAAAAUAUAUUAUUUGAUAAUUGAAGACAAUGCCACAUUGAGAUUGUAUUUACUGGGAUCGGAUCAACCAAAGAAUUAUAAUUCUCAUUAUUUUGCUGGCUUUUCCUCACUGGUUGGUGACCGAGAAAGGAAGAACAUUGUUUUUCCUGGCGCAGGGGGUACUAAACUUGUAAUUUUGAUUCGUGGGUUUAUAUGGAGGUGUAUUACAUUACCUGAGGUGCCAAGAAACAUUGAGAUUGAGGAAAGGAUUGUAGCCUAUGCAGUCUUUCAUAGAAUGUCUCGUCACAUGGAUGAUUGA